CUGGGACCAGGGCUUCAGGAGGAAACCAUGACCGGGAGGCUCUGGUGCAAGGCCAUUUUUGCUGGCUACAAACGUGGUCUACGAAACCAGCGGGAGCACACUGCUCUUCUGAAAAUUGAAGGUGUUUAUGCCCGUCAGGAGACAGACUUCUACUUGGGCAAGAGGUGUGCCUAUGUGUACAAAGCUAAAAACAACACUGUAACCCCCGGUGGCAAGCCCAACAGGACACGAGUGAUCUGGGGGAAGGUAACCCGUGCCCAUGGGAACAGUGGCAUGGUUCGUGCCAAGUUCCGCUCCAACCUUCCUGCCAAGGCCAUUGGACACAGAAUCCGGGUGAUGCUGUAUCCAUCUAGGAUCUAAAUUUUUAUUGGAAAUAAAAUGGAGAAUCUGUU